CUUCGCAGCAGCCAAUCAGUACUCGAGUUCCGUUCUCUCCCGAGGACGUCAACAUUGUGUUGUACGGCCUCAAGUAAUUCCUCAAUAUUUAGCGACUGAAUUCGCUCACGAUGUACAACGAAUUCGUCGACGAGUAUGAUAGUUAUCCUCUGGAGGCCACGGAUAACUAUCAUUAUUCGGAACGAAUUGAUGGUGAAUAUGGUGAGCGGGGGGGCCAUUACCCCACAUAUGCCAUACCUGAAGAGGUGAAGAAAUACAUCACCUAUUUCCGUGAUGCCAUCCGAGAUGGAAAUGUGUAUGACAUACCUUCACUUUACAUUGAUUUUAACCGCUUGACAGAGGAGUAUUAUAAAACACAGUCCUGGCCUGAUGUUGAAGAUCUGUAUGGAAAUAAACUUGUGGAGCAGGCUGGUUUGGAUGACAUCUUCCUUAUACUCUAUCGGGAGUUAUAUUAUCGGCACAUCUAUGCAAGAGUCCAAGGUGGGCCAACUAUACCACAACGGUUCGAGUCCUACUACAAUUAUUGCAAUCUCUUCAACUAUAUUUUGAGUGCUGAGACUCCUGUUCCUCUAGAGCUUCCCAACCAGUGGCUCUGGGAGAUCAUUGAUGAAUUCAUCUACCAGUUCCAGUCCUUCUCUCAGUCCAGGUCCAAGCUGGGCAAGAAAAGUGAACCUGAGAUUGAGUUGCUGAAAGAAUCCCCAAAGAUCUGGAAUGUACAUUCUGUACUUAAUGUUCUCCAUUGUCUUGUGGAUAAAAGCAAUAUCAACAGACAGCUUGAGGUGUACACUAGUGGUGGAGAUCCAGACAGUGUUGCUGGAGAGUUUGGACGUCAUCCUUUGUACAAGAUGUUGGGAUAUUUUUCACUGAUUGGUCUGCUCCGCCUCCACUCACUUCUUGGAGAUUAUUACCAAGCUAUCAAGGUUCUGGAAAAUAUUGAGCUGAACAAGAAGUCCAUGUAUUCUCGUGUGCCAGCCUGUCAGAUCACAACCUACUAUUAUGUUGGCUUUGCUUACAUGAUGAUGCGAAGAUAUGCAGAUGCUAUACGUACAUUCUCAAACAUCUUGGUGUACAUUCAACGUACGAAGGCAAUGUUUCAGACUAGAAAUUACCAGAAUGAUCAGAUAAAUAAACAGACAGAGCAAAUGUAUACCCUUCUUGCUAUAUGCAUGGUGCUCCAUCCUCAGAGAAUAGAUGAAGCUGUACAGUCUUCAUUGAGAGAGAAAACUUUGGCUGAGAAAAUGUCUCGCAUGUCGCGUAAUGACACUCAAGAGUUCACGGCUUGUUUCACAUUUGCUUGUCCUAAAUUCUUGAGCCCUGUCCCUCCACCUUUUGAUUCAAAUCUAACCAACUAUCACAGAGAGCCCUUCCAGCAGCAAUUGAAGGUAUUCUUAGACGAAGUUCAGCAGCAGCAGCAGAUCAGUGUGAUGCGUUCUUACCUCAAGCUCUACACCACAAUGCCGAUGGAGAAGAUGGCCACUUUCCAAGAAAUGACCGAGGAUGAUUUCCGCAAUGCUUUGUUGUGCUUUAAACACAAAAUGCGCAACAUGGUUUGGACCAAGGGAACAUCUGGGCUACAAGGUGAUUUCCAGAGUGACUCUGAGGUCGACUUCUUCAUUGACCGAAAUAUGAUCCACAUCGCAGAUACGAAAGUUGCACAGAGGUAUGGUGACUUCUUUAUCAGACAGAUUCACAAGCUAGAAGAAGUAAAUCGAUCCCUGGCUAAGGUUAAAGUUUAACAAAGACAUUCAGUAGCUAGACCUUCAGGUUUUGCGAUAAGUAAAAAUUAGUAACUGAAAAACAAAUUUAUAUAUCUUUUCAUCUAUAGCCUGUGGGGUUGCUAAAUAAAAGGUAACACUUUUAA